UUGUCCGUUAUUAUUUUGGGGUUUUUUCUCUACUCCAGGGUUUAGCCUCUUCGUCUCUCAAACUCUCUGCGUCUCUCUGUGUCGCAUGGCGUCACUCUGCUCUGCUUCACUCACGGACCCACCAGCCCCAUACGCAAAGUAGAGAGCCCCUCAAGCCCUCAGCGUAUUCACAGGUUUACCGCCAAGCGCACCAAGACGGCACCUUGUUGUAUAAGCAGCUGCGGAAGCAAGCUGGGCAGAGUUGGGAGAGUGAUGGCUAUGGGUUUGUCUACCCAAACCGGUCCCCUGGGACCGUCUUGCCCCUCCUAUUCCUUCUUUUCCCGGUCUUGUUCCCGCCCUUCUUGUUUUUCCUUUUCUUGGUCCCUCUUGGCUUCCUCUAAAGCCCUGCACAGACAAGGAGGAUGGACAAUCCAGAAUAACAAGAAUUUCCAGACGAUGUCUCAUUGUUGGAGGCUUCAGUGUCUUUCAAAUUCAGCUAAGAUGGUAUUUUACUCCAGAGAUCAGGAUAAUUAUAAUGGAAGUAUCUUAGAAAAACCAAUUAUUGACCCUCGAAGUGUAGAUAAAGAAGGGGCAAAGGUUUCAAGAAAUUCUAGUGGACUACAAAUUCCGGAGUUUGGGCGUAGUAUUCCUCAAAGACCUAGUGGUGCCACCGCUGUUGAAAUUACAGAGUCUGGUGGCUUUGGGGAUUGUUGUACUCGUUCCGAUAAAAAAAGUUGGGAAUAUGAGAAAGAAAUGCUGAAAUUUUGCAGGGAAGCCUCGAAAAAUGGUAGUAAUCGACCACAUGGAACAAGUUGUCAAGCAAGCAUGUUUUCUACAAAUUUUGGACAGAAUGUUAUGACUCAUGUUGAUCAUGCUGCACCUGUUUCAGCUUCAAAGCCAGCAUCUGCCAUACCUUCUGGCCCAGCUUCCGCUGAACUAAAAUGUGGAGGAGACAGAAAUAUAGCUGUGAAAGAUGUGAAUGGUAGGCGAGGUCUAUGUUCAACAGAACAUUUAGAAAAGGUUGCCCAGCCCAGUGUGUCCACAUCAAGGAACUUGGAGGAGAAAAAAGAAACAAGUUCUGGACCUAUCGAUGGUUCAGUCAACACCUCCACUAGUAAUGCGGCAUAUUGCCAGCCAAAUCUUCAUGAGAGGCUUAAUAGCCUCUAUGACAGUGUUCUUGUUGUUGAUAAUGUCACCAUAGCAAAGGAGGUUGUCGGGAUGCUUACAAAUAAGUACAGACAUCUUGUCCAUGCAUGCGACACUGAGGUUGCAAAGAUAGAUGUGAAGCAAGAAACACCUGUUGAUCAUGGGGAAAUUAUAUGCUUCAGUAUAUAUUCUGGACCAGAAGCAGAUCUCGGAAAUGGGAAGUCCUGUGUGUGGGUUGAUGUUCUUGAUGGUGGUGGUAGGGAUCUUUUGGAUGAAUUUGCUCCAUUCUUUGAAGACCCAUCCAUCAAAAAGGUUUGGCACAACUAUAGCUUUGAUAACCAUGUUAUUGAGAACUAUGGGCUUAGGCUUUCCGGUUUUCAUGCUGACACAAUGCAUAUGGCACGGUUGUGGGAUUCGUCAAGGCGAACUGUGGGUGGGUAUUCUCUUGAAGCACUUACUGGCAACAAAAGUGUAAUGUGUGGGGCUCAACUUUGCCAUGAAGAUGAGUUGUUUGGGAAAGUCUCAAUGAAAACCAUCUUUGGUAGGAAAAAAAUUAAAAAAGAUGGAUCUGAAGGCAAAAUGAUCACCAUUUCUCCGGUCGAAGAGCUACAAAGAGAAGAGCGGAAACCAUGGAUUUGUUAUUCUGUCUUAGAUGCAAAAAGCACACUAAAGCUUUAUGAGAGCUUGAAAUGCCUACUAUCGAAUAUGGCAUGGAUACUUGAUGGAAAACCAAUUUCUGGAAAAUCCAUGUUUGACUUCUACGAGGAGUAUUGGCGUCCAUUUGGUGAGCUUUUGGUUAAAAUGGAAACUGAGGGAAUGCUAGUUGAUCGGGCAUAUCUCUCUGAGGUGGAGAAGGUAGCCAAAGCAGAGCAAGUGGUUGCUGCUAAUAGAUUUCGCAACUGGGCGUCCCAGUAUUGCCCUGAUGCCAAGGACAUGAAUGUGGGAAGUGAUACACAACUACGUCAGCUCUUUUUUGGUGGCAUUGCAAACAGAAAGGAACCCAACGAGUUUCUUCCCUGUGAGCGGAUUUUCAAAGUUCCUAAUGUUAAUAAAGUGAUUGAAGAUGGCAAGAAGACUCCCACCAAAUUUCGCAAUAUUAGGCUGCAUAGGAUCCUUGAGACUCCGCUGCCAACUGACAUAUUCACAGCAUCUGGUUGGCCCUCAGUUAGUGGUGAUGCUUUGAAGACCCUGGCUGGAAAGGUUUCUGCAGAAUAUGAUUUUAUGGAUGAUGCUUCCGAUCAGCAAUUGAAUGACAAUGUUGAAAAUGCUUCUGAAAAUGAAGUUUCAGUAGAACAAAAAUCAACUGGUGACGUUGACAAUUCAGCUUAUGGAAUGGCUUUUUGUGCUUUUGAAGAAGAAGAGAAGGGGAGGGAGGCUUGUCAUGCAAUUGCUGCUUUAUGUGAAGUUUGCUCCAUUGACUCCUUGAUAUCCAACUUCAUUCUCCCCUUGCAGGGAAGUAAUAUAUCGGGCAGUAAUGGGCGUAUUCAUUGUUCAUUAAAUAUCAACACAGAAACUGGGCGCUUAUCAGCUAGGAGACCAAAUUUACAGAAUCAACCUGCCUUAGAGAAGGACCGGUAUAAGAUCCGUCAGGCUUUCAUAGCUGCACCUGGGAAUUCCCUUAUUGUUGCAGAUUAUGGGCAACUGGAACUUCGGAUUCUUGCGCAUCUUGCGAGUUGUAAGAGCAUGCUGGAUGCCUUUAGAGCUGGUGGAGAUUUCCAUUCUAGGACUGCAAUGAACAUGUACCCAUACAUUCGUGAAGCAAUUGACAAAAAGCAAGUGCUUCUUGAGUGGUAUCCUCAACCCGGUGAAGAGAAACCCCCAGUUCCGCUAUUAAAGGAUGCCUUUGCUUCUGAAAGAAGGAAAGCUAAAAUGCUCAACUUUUCCAUUGCAUAUGGAAAAACUCCAAUGGGGCUUGCCCGGGAUUGGAAGGUUUCUGUUGAGGAAGCAAAGGAAACAGUUGAUCUGUGGUACAGUGAUAGAAAAGAGGUGCUGACCUGGCAAAAAAAACGUAAACAAGAGGCCCGUGAUAAACAGUUUGUGUGCACAUUGCUAGGACGUGCCCGCCGGUUCCCUUCAAUGGCCAAUGUUUCCACCUAUCAGAAAGGUCACAUUGAGCGAGCUGCUAUCAACACCCCAGUGCAGGGUAGUGCCGCUGAUGUUGCCAUGUGUGCCAUGUUAGAAAUAUCAAAAAAUGUACGGUUGAAGGAGCUCGGGUGGAAGCUACUUUUACAGGUUCAUGAUGAAGUAAUCUUGGAAGGACCAACAGAGACAGCUGAAGUUGCAAAGGCUAUAGUUGUUGAAUGUAUGUCUAAACCUUUCAAUGGCAAGAACUUCCUUCAAGUUGACCUAUCAGUUGAUGCCAAGUGUGCUCUAAACUGGUAUUCUGGCAAGUAGCCUAUCGCAAGGAUGACGGUGGAUUUUGGUUCAAAGCUCUGUAGUGAGGUACUUUUGCCAUAUCGAGGAUGGAGUUCUGUGCUAGCAACGUGAGCAUUAAUUAUCUUUGCCGAUGAUACAAUUGCAACCAACCUGGAAAUCAGGCCUCAUCAUAUUUGGGCAGAUGUAAGAUGUUUUUGCCAUCUUUGAUGUUGCAGUGUUCCUGGUACGACCGGGGGGUUGAGGAUGUAAGGAGGCUGCACUAGUGAGAAGUGUGCUCAGUCCCUGUAUAUAGGAAUUCUUAACAAUUUUUAAUCAGUCGUUUCCUUGUAACUGUUUGGGUGUUAGCGGGUUCAAUGUUUCUGCAUAGAAAUCAAAGCCUAACUCCAUUUUCCAAGCAUUUUUUGUUUUUAUUUUGUUUUUGUUUGAAUAGCUCUAUAUGGCCCUUUGUUCUCCUCCCUCCUCUUUCAUUUCGGUUGCGAGUUUAAAUGGCUCACUGCAUCAUUCUGCUUACAGUAACCUGUAAAAUUACUAUUGAAUUUUGGAUAGAUGAUCAUGUAAUUUUUGUCGACUACAUUAGGAAAUGCGCAUUCAUUUGGAAGCUGGUCACAGGUUAUUCUC